UGGGACGCGUCGCCGCUGUUGGUUGCGAGUUGGUUUUUAAAGCAGCGUCUGUUUGACUCGCGGCGGCGGCGGCGCGGCCUGACCAGACCUGACCAGCGUGAAAUAAUGGAGCACGUGCACUUGGCAGCGGUGGAUGAAGAAGAUCUCUAUUCAGGAUACAAUGACUAUAAUCCAACAUUUGAUACAGAGGAAUUAGAAAAUGAUGUGGCUUUUCAGCAAGCCUUGAGGACCAGUCAUGGAAGGAGACCCCCUAUGACUGCUAAAAUACCAGGUUCUGCAAUAGGUGCCCGUCCUUUUGGAACUAUGUUGGCAGCAAGAUUGCCCUUGUCAUCAUCAAUGGGUAGACCUGUAACUGGUGCUAUUCAGGAAGGAGUUGGUGUUGCUCGACCCAUGACAGCAGUGCGUGCAGCUGGCUAUUCAUCAGCAGCCAUCAGAGGUUCAGCAUUUGAUCCACUGGGACAAUCAAGAGGUCCUGCACCUCCUUUGGAAACAAAGAAUGAAGAUACGCCAGAAGAAAAGGUUAAGCAGUUAGAGAAGACUGUGAAUGAAUUGGUUGAGGAGAGUUGCAUUGCUAACAGCCGCGGAGACUUACAACUGGCUUUGGAAAAAGCGAAAGAAGCGGGAAGAAAAGAAAGGAUACUGGUAAGACAGAGAGAACAAACGGCAUCUGCAGAUCACAUUAAUCUGGAUCUUACCUAUUCGGUACUCUUCAAUUUAGCCAGUCAGUAUGCAGCCAAUGAUAUGUAUGCAGAAGCAUUAAAUACCUAUCAGGUGAUAGUAAAGAAUAAGAUGUUCAAUAAUGCAGGUCGGCUAAAGGUAAACAUGGCAAACAUUUACUUCAAACAAAGAAAUUAUCCCAAGGCAAUAAAAUUCUACCGAAUGGCGUUGGAUCAGAUAUCAAGUUCCCAUAAGGAGAUGAGGAUUAAAAUAAUGCAGAACAUUGGUGUUGUAUUCGUCAAAAUGGGACAGUACUCUGAUGCUAUCACCUCCUUUGAGCACAUUAUGAGUGAAAGUCCAAAUUUGAAAACAAGCUUUAACCUCAUUCUGUGCUACUUUGCCAUUGGUGAUCGGGAAAAGAUGAAAAAAGCAUUCCAGAAAUUGAUAGUGGUUCCACUUAGCAUUGAUGAAGAUGAUAAAUACAUCCCACCAAAUGAUGAUCCACAUAUGAAUUUGGUUAUUGAAGCUAUAAAGAAUGACUCACUGAGACAAAUGGAGAGAGAAAGAAAAGCGAUGGCAGAAAGAUUCAUCAUGACGGCAGCUAAAUUGAUAGCACCUGCGAUUGAGACAUCCUUUGCCGCUGGAUAUGAUUGGUGUGUGGAAAUGGUGAAGGCAUCGCAGUAUGUUGAACUGGCUAAUGACUUGGAAAUUAAUAAAGCUAUUACAUACUUGAGACAAAGGGACUUUAACCAGGCUGUGGAGACGCUAAAAAUGUUUGAGAAGAAGGACAGCCGGGUUAAGAGCGCAGCUGCAACAAACCUCUCUUUCCUUUACUUUUUGGAAAAUGAUUUUGGACUUGCGGACCGAUACGCAGACCUCGCUAUGAAUGCUGAUCGAUAUAACCCAGCAGCACUGACAAAUAAAGGGAACUGUGUCUUUGCGAAUAGCGACUAUGAGAAAGCAGCAGAGUUCUAUAAAGAAGCCUUGCGGAAUGACUCCUCUUUUACCGAGGCAUUGUACAAUUUAGGACUCACUUACAAGAAAUUGAAUAGACUGGAGGAAGCCUUGGAUUGCUUUUUAAAGCUUCAUGCAAUCAUGAGGAACAAUGCUCAAGUUAUGUACCAGAUUGCAAGUCUAUAUGAAAUGUUGGAGGAUCCAACUCAAGCUAUUGAGUGGCUUAUGCAGUUGAUUAGUGUUGCUCCCACUGAUCCUCUGGCACUGGCUAAAUUGGGGGAUUUGUACGACAAUGAGGGAGACAAGUCCCAGGCAUUUCAGUACUAUUAUGAGUCAUUUAGGUACUUCCCAUCGAACAUUGAGGGCAUUGAAUGGCUUGGAGCCUACUACAUCGAUACGCAGUUCUGUGAAAAAGCUAUUCAGUAUUUUGAAAGAGCAGCACUUAUCCAACCAACUCAAGUGAAAUGGCAGCUAAUGGUAGCAAGCUGUUACAGGAGAAGUGGUAAUUACCAGAAGGCAUUGGAAACUUAUAAAGACAUUCAUCGGAAAUUUCCAGAUAAUGUUGAAUGUUUACGGUUCCUGGUUCGUCUCUGCACAGAUAUGGGACUGAAAGAGAUUCAAGAAUAUGCCACAAGACUCAAGAAAGUUGAAAAAAUGAAGGAAAUAAGAGAACAGCGAGUGAAGUCUGGCAGAGAUGGGAGUGCACGUGGACGCAGAGAAGGCAGUGCUAGUAGUGGAUCAACACCUCCAGGAAUCCUAGGCACCAGCAGAAAUCCUGCUGCCUUCUCGCCUGAAAGCAGGCACAGUCCAUUAGUGGAUCAGAUUAGGGACAGUACACAAAGCACCCAUGGUACCAGUGCUAAAGGAGAGCGGAUGAAUGCCAAGCUGAGGUCACUCCAUGGAGUUAAUGAUCAGUAUGAAACCAGCAAUAACAAAGACAUAGAUGCAUCGUAUGUGGAUCCACUUGGCCCACAAAUAGAACGGCCCAAAACUGCAGCAAGAAAACGGGUUGAUGAGGAUGAAUUUGCAGAUGAAGAACUGGGAGACGAUUUGCUGCCAGAGUAGUUACUGCACCAAAAAUAAAUCAAAGUUAAUAUCAUCUUUAUCAUUACAUAUGGUAUAUUUGGUUCUGCUGGUAUAUAUGUUGUAUUAAUUCAUGUCUCAUAUAUGUUUGCAUUUACUUUUCAUCAAUGGUGUUUACCUUACACUUUUUCACUGUAGAUUACUUGUAAAUAUUGAACUUGUGUAUUUUUGAUAUUUUAAAUAUCUGUUUCUGUAACUUUACUCUUAUAAAUAAAAUGACAUAACUUCU